AUGGACACACCAUUUGUUUGCAUCGCCCACCCCUUCGAGUCCGCGGGAAACAUCUCCCACGCCUACGAGUACGGCCCGGUGAAGGCCCGCAAGGCCAUCAUCUUUGUCGGCGGCUUGGGUGAUGGACCUCACACGGUUCCAUUCGUUCGACCUCUGGCCACUCACUUGGAGGAGUCGGGACUGGACUAUUCGGUCUUCGAAAUCCGCAUCAGGAGCUCCUUUACAGGCUUUGGCUACUCGAGCCUCAAGAAGGACGUCGAGGACAUUGCGGCCUUCGUCAGGUACCUCAGAGGCAUCGAUAAGCAGAAAAUCGUGCUCAUGGGCCACUCGACGGGAUCCCAGGAUUGUGUCGAGUACGCCGCGAAUGAGGACGAUCCCGUCGAUGGCUUUAUCUUGCAGGGCCCCGUGUCAGAUCGCGAGGCCGCUGCCAUCCACGUGGACGCUGAGAAGCUCAGGGAAAGCGUCGAGCUUGCCGCCAGUAUGAUCGCCGAGGGACGAGGAGACGAGAUGCUACGACCUGAACAGGUGGCUCAUACUUUUGAGCCCAUCACGGCCUACCGUUGGCACUCGCUCAUUUCCAAGGGCGGUGACGACGACACUUUCUCGUCUGACCUCGACGAGGAAACGGUUUCCAGAAUAUGGAACCGGUUCCAGAAGCCGGCGAUGGCUCUGUACUCGGCCGAGGACGAGCACGUCCCCGCUCAUGUCGAUAAGCAGGCUCUUGUGGACUUGUGGAAGAAGCUAGGCAAGAAUGUCCACCCCCUCUCAGGGCUGAUUCCCGGAGCGGGCCAUACCGUUAGGCAGCCAGAUGGACAGGCCUGGCUCAACGAUCGUGUGGUACAGUUCCUACAGGACAUCUAG